CUGCUGGAGGAAGGAAAAACCAAGCUUACAUGAUACAGACCCUAAACAAAAAAAAAAAAAAAAAGGUCAUCAUCUUACCUGCGCCUAAGAUGAGGAGCAACAUGGAUACAAAACAAGUUGCGCAGAGGUCCUCUAUCGGAGCGCUUCAAAGGAGGAAUCUGAAACGGAAAAAAAGUGACCAAAAAUUAAGUAGGAGCAUCAAAAAGAUAAGAGCUGACAUGGUUGAGAUUAGCGAGGGUCAAAAACGCAUAAGGGAGGGUCAAAUGGAAGUAAGGGAAAAAUUCCAGGAAAUAAGUAAAGAGGCUGCCAAACUUAAAGAGGAAACUAGUCAAAUCUCCAAGCAGAGUGCUGCAAAUCAACUCAGGCUUGAUCUCAUGUUUCAGAUCGUAAAGGCAAGAGCAGAGAAUGAUUUUGCCAAGGAUGAUUUACUCACCCAAACCUUACGGGAUCUAAUGGCAAAGCAGAACAUGAGCAAAACCCAGGGUCUCCAGGAAGAACAAUGAACAACAAUACAUCUUAAUGAUGUGUGUACUCUGUAGUAUAUUCAUGUAACGGAUCGUAGUUUUAAUAUAUUUGUAAUGGAUGAUGACUGCAAGGUUUUCCAAGGGUACUUUGAGCACAA